ACACGGAGACACCCGGGUGAUGUUUUUGAACGCAGCCCAGAAGGAAGGAAGAUUUUAGGGAUUUUUAGUAACUUACUGGAAGCAGCCUGUUAUAAUAUAUGUAAAUUUUCUCGAGAACUUCUAGAAUUGUGAAUUACAAAUAAUUAUGAGUAAAGAUUAAACAGUUAUAAAUUAUUGAUUAAGUCGCGAUGAAACAGUGUACAACGAUAAUGGAUAAAGAUAAAAGCAGUGCUCAUUAUACGGAGAAAGAAAAAAUGCUUUUAGCGCAGCUUAUUUUCGAAGAAACAGCUAUCGAAAAUAAAAAGACUGGUUCGACAGAUCUAAAAGAGAAGGCCGAAGCGUGGGAGAGAGUAACAAAAAAAUAUACUAGCCAAGGACUUACACCACGUACCAGCAAACAAUUAAAAAAAUGCUGGGAUAAUAUGAAACAAAGGAAAUGAAAAUUAAGCACUGCCAUCCGGCACGAACGGCUUAUGACAGGUGGAGGUUCUGCACCAGUACAGCCAAAUGAUCCAGUGAUAGAAUUUAUGGAUGCAACUAAUCCAAAUUUAGAUGUAGAAAUAGAUUGUGCAUAUGACAGCACUGCAGUAUUUGAGAAAGAAGAUAAUGUAAAGAUGUAUUAUAAGUCUGCAAAAGGAACAUUGAUUAUCCAAGAUGAAAAAGAAGAGAAAGAUAAGGAAGACGAGGAAGAUGUUAUCAAUACAGUUGAUAUAUAUGAUCAGUAUGAUCACAGCGUUCCAGCUGUUUCUCGGAAAACGCCAUUGCAAAAUAGGACAUCUCCAAAUAUUACAAACAUAUACGUAAUGAAAACACUUAUGAAUUAG